AUUGCCAUCCGCAAUUACAAAUUUAAAGAAGAAGAAGCGAGGAAGAGACCCGCGUAUUCGCAAAUAUCAAAGCUGAAACAAAGCAUGCAAUUAAUUUUUCGUUAUGCAUGAGACUUUAUAUUCGCAAAUUAUCUGUGAAAAUGCCUAAAUCAAUCAAGAAGUCCUGCACUACACAGACAUCUAUAAGUAGCUAUUUCGGCGGGUUGAGCAGCAGUGCCCCUGACAGAAACGUUCAAUCCGGUAUUAUCGGUAACUCUGUUGAGCUAUGCGCUGGGCUGAAACCAGGACCUAGAGGAAAGCAUAAGCAUUCUCCGAAUAAUAAUGGUGGGUCAUUAUUGAAACGAGCCAAAUUGGCCCAUAAUGGACAGGAAAAGGAGGACAUGAACUGUGAGGUCAUAUCCUGGCGUGUCGAUGAAAUCAGGGCCCCCUCCUCUCGAGGGGCAGGCAGCCUCUCCUCUUCCACCCUGGAGAGACUGAAGGGCUUCGUCUGUCCUAGUGAGCCCCAAGGCAGAGGCCCUCUUGGGCCCGGGAAUGCGGGUGGCGGGUCUGAGGAUGCAGAUGGUGGGCCUGAGGAUGCAGGUGGUAGGCCUGGUGAUGUAGGCGAUGGGUGUGCUCAUGGAGGUCAUGGGCCUGGGGAUGUAGGAGGUAGGGAGGCUGUGGCCCACAGAGAAAUGACUGGUGAUAAAGAGAGACAGAAAAGCGAAGAAGAGGAGUGGCGGAGUCCAGAGCCAUCAUCCAAAAAACAGGCUCUCAGCCUCAUUCAGUUUGCCAAGCCAGGAGAAGGAAGAAGAAGAAGGGGGGGUGUAAUGAAGACUCCUCCAGGAGUAGGGGGUGAAGUCUCUGUGACCAGUGCCCCCUGUGGGAUCUCUAAGAGUGGGUACACUCCUCUGGAGCAGCAGUACCUGCAGAUUAAAGAGCAACAUAAAGACGCUCUAUUGGCUGUGGAGUGUGGAUACAAGUACAGGUUCUUUGGAGAGGACGCAGAGAAAGCAGCGAAGCAGCUGAACAUCUUCUGUCACCUGGACCAUAACUUCAUGACGUGUAGCAUUCCCACACACCGCUUGUAUGUUCACGUACGACGCCUUGUCUCCCAGGGCUACAAGGUGGGCGUGGUGAAGCAGACAGAGACGUCGGCCAUUAAGGCCUCCGGAGCCAAUAAGAACACUUUGUUCACCCGCCAACUCAGCGCUCUCUACACAAAGUCUACACUGGUGGGGGAGGACGUCAACCCAGUGCAUAGUCUGGUUGAUGUGGAGGAGGGGGAGUGUGAUGUGGUGACAGAUCCUCCAGAGAGCUACCUGCUCUGUCUCAGUGAGACCUGGGAUAAACCCAGAAAACAACUAACCAUUGGGCUGGUGGCGGUGCAGCCCAGUACAGGUGACGUGCUGUUGGAUUGUUUUGUGGACGGCUCAACGCGUUGUGAGCUGGAGGGGCGAGUCUUAAAGGUCAACCCUGCAGAGAUCCUGGUGCCCUCUGACCUCUCAGACUCCUCCCACCGACUGCUGCAGAGCAUCGUCACCGCCAGUGUGCAGGCUGGUGAUGGUGUACGUAUAGAGAAGAGGGAAAGUGCCCAGUUUGACUUUGCCUCUGCAAUGAACACUGUCACUGAGUUCUACUGUCACACACAGGACUCAGGUUCCAGACCUCUCUCCAGUAUAGCCUCUUUGGAAAGUCCUGUGGUCUGCUGUCUGGGUCCUCUCAUCCACUACCUCACAGAGUUUAACCUGCAGAGAGUACUACUGCACCACAGUUCGUUCAGGCACCUCUCCUGUGAGUCAGACGGUAUGGUCCUCAGUGCUCCCACUCUCAGAAACCUGGAGAUACUCACCAACCAGACAGAUGGAGGUACGAAGGGCAGUUUGUUGUGGGUGUUAGACCACACCCACACCUUAUUUGGUAGAAGACUGAUGAGGAAGUGGGUAAGCCAGCCCCUCAAAGAUGCACAGUCUAUAUGUGAGAGACAAGGUGCUGUAUGUGAGAUCCUGGAGUCUGAUUCCGUCACCCUACCCUCCGUUAGAGCCCUGCUCUUCCGACUGCCAGACCUGGAGAGAGGAGUGUGCAGCAUCUACCACAAGAAGUGUUCCACCCAGGAGUUCUACCUCAUCAGCAGCAGUCUUUCUCGGCUGGGGGUGGAACUACAGGCUCUGCUCCCAUCCAUCCAAUCACAGCUCAGCUCCUCUCUGCUCCGAGGACUCCUAUUGGACACACCUGAACUGCUGGCUCCCGCUCACAACUUUCUCAAAGUCCUCAACGAGAAGGCUGCCAAGUCAGGGGAUAAGAGGGAGCUGUUCUGUGACCUAUCGGGCUUCCCAGUGCUCCAGGAGAGGAGAGUCGAGAUCCAAUCGGUUCUGACUGAGAUACAAGACCACCGGACAGAGGUCCGAUACACACUCAGGACCCCCACACUGGACUACGUCAGAGUCAGUGGACAAGAGUUCUUGAUAGAGGUAAAGAACUCUAUGGUGUCUGUGGUUCCGUCCGACUGGGUUAAGAUCAGCAGUACUAAGGCAGUGAGUAGGUACCAGUCUCCGUACCUGAUAGGAAGAUGUAGGAGUCUGUCCCAGCUCAGAGAACAGCUGCUCAUCGACAGCCAGAAAGAAUGGACUAACUUCCUACAUCAGUUUGGGGAGUACUACCACACUAUGAAGAAGGCUGUUGGUAACUUAGCAACAGUGGACUGCCUGUUCUCAUUGGCUGAGGUCGCUAAGCAGAGGAACUACUGCAGGCCGGUGUUGUGUGAGGGAGACCGUCAGAUCGUGAUCAGGGACGGCAGACAUCCUGUGAUAGACCUACUGAUGGGAGAGCACACACAAUAUGUCCCCAACAACACAGAAUUACAGGGUGACGGGAGGAGGACUCUGAUAAUAACAGGCCCUAACAUGGGGGGUAAGAGCUCCUACAUCCGCCAGGUGGCGCUAGUCAGCAUCAUGGCCCAGGUGGGAUCAUAUGUACCAGCUACAGAGGCAAGACUGGGCAUCCUGGAUGGCAUAUACACCAGAAUGGGAGCAUCUGACAGCAUCUAUAAGGGCCGAAGCACAUUCAUGGAGGAGCUGACGGAAGCCUCGGAAAUUAUCACCCGGGCAACCGAGAGGUCAUUGGUCAUCCUGGACGAGUUGGGGCGGGGCACCAGCACCCACGACGGGAUAGCUAUCGCCUAUGCUACUCUGGAGUACUUCAUCAGAGAUGUGAAGUCUCUAACUCUGUUUGUGACCCACUACCCACCUCUGUGUGAGCUGGAGAAGGUGUAUCCUCUGCAUGUAGGCAACUUCCACAUGGCCUUCCUCCUCAAUGAACCAGACAUCGCCACAGACGACGUUGAGGUGCAGCCAGAGUUCAUCACCUUCCUGUACCAGCUGACUGAGGGGGCGGCUGGGCAGAGCUAUGGGCUAAAUGUUGCCCGAUUAGCUGAGAUUCCAGAAGCUGUACUCCACAUCGCCGCACGCAAAGCACAGGAGCUAAAGAACAUCGUCGACGCCCGGAGAAAGAGCAAGAGGUUGUUUGCUGAACUGUGGAGCAUCGACGACAGAAAGGCUCUUUUGGACUGGGUGCAGCUAAACUCCUGAUCACACACACUCGAAUGUGCACACACACACUCAGAAAUCCCUGGCCGUUGUGACUCUAAGCCUGGUUUGUCCUCUUGUGUUCUCCAUAAAGUCUCUCUAGCCCUGACUCAGGAAGGACUAAAGCCCUGAGGGAACAGGAGGAACAGCAUUAAUCUCUGUAUCUAUAGAAAAUGGACACACACACCAUUAAAUGCCAAAGCACAUGCAAGUGCGCGGCGGAUUAGCGGGGCCAGUGAUGCGAGACCUAUCUCUAAACCCAGUCAUUUUUUUUAUUGAACCUUUAUUAAACUAGGCAAGUCAGUUAAGAACACAUUCUUAUUUGCAUUGACGGCCUACACAGGCCAAACCCGGGUGACGCUGAGCCAAUUGUGCGCCGCCCUAUGGGACUCCCAAUCACGGCCGGUUAUGACACAGCAUGGAUUUGAACCAGGGUGUCUGUAGUUUUUCUUUGGUACCAGGUAGUUUAAUUGUAUUAAAGUAAGUAAAUACCUAAAGGUACCCAGUUACCACAUAGAUUGUUGGUCAAUACCAGCUGAAACAGCAAGUUUAUCUAUGGUUAGGGAAACUCAUAGCGUUAAUGGCAUGGCUGAACGCUUGCUGUGAAUCCAGUAUGAGACCGCGCAGAGAAGCAGGGGAUAGCGUUAUUUUGACAAAGCAUAGGCGAGAGACGUGCUUUGAUAAUGCAACCUAUGGUUUACAGAAUGAAGUCAGGAAUUUGCAUUUGAGACAGGAUUUAGGAUUUUGGUUUCAGUGUGAUUGGGACUGGAUAGGAAAAUAGCCUAGGCUCUAGGACAGGAGAAGGUAGUUUUCCCUCAUGCCUCUCUGAAUUGUUCAGACUUCAUGUCUGUGACAGAGAGGCCUAUGUAGUGAAUUUUGCAUAGGCCUAGCAAAUUUGAGACUGUCUGAAGAGACACAAUGACAGCUCAAAGAGGCACAUGUUAUUUUAUAGGUUACUGUAGGGGUUUCCUGUAGGGUUUAUUAACUGCAUUCAGGUCCCGUGUGCAGUUCAGCAGUGUGCUUUGAAUUCAUGGCGACUUUGUGUGAAGUAAAUGCGCUAGGCUAAAGGCAACCUGUUUUGGAUAAUGUGCUAUUUUAUUUUCUGCUAAUCUGAUGCUGCGUAUGUUGUGUAUUUUGUGGAAAUGCAUUAGUUCCAACAUUGGGUAAUAUUUUUGUAAUUUCCCAGGUCUUGUCAUUUACAUUUUUUGGUUGAAAUGUGAAUAGCGUCCCCGGGACAGUCCCCGGCUCCUGGUUACCCAUGUUAAUCCCUAAUUCAGAUUUAGUCUGGGUGCCAGUCUGUUUAGCUAUCAUUCUACUCCUUGCCACUCCUGUCAUUUGGCAAGUGACAGGAGUGGAAUGUUAUCUAAAAUGACUGUUACCUAGCCUAAUUCAGGCUGUGUGGGUAGAAUGAAUUCAGGCUUGUACAAUUCAAUAAAAAAAUAACUUUAUUCAGA